UGGGCCGAGCCCAUCACGGUGAAGUUCGCCAACACCCCCGGGCAGAAGUCGGGGGGGGCCCUGCUGAGCCUCUGCCCCGGGGCCCGGCGCUACGGGGCCCUGCACCCCCCCCCACAGCGCUUCAGACUGGACAAUUUGCUGAACGUGGCGUACGGGGUGAAAAGGUUCUCCCCGCUGGCCAUCGAGGCGGUGCCGGCGCUGGCCGGGGUGGGCCUGGGGACCCCCGGCCCCGGGUGGUGCAUCUUCGUCUACAACCUGGCCCCGGAGGCGGACGAGAGCGUCCUGUGGCAGCUCUUCGGGCCCUUCGGGGCCGUCACCAACGUCAAGGUCAUCCGGGACUUCGCCACCAACAAGUGCAAAGGCUUCGGGUUCGUCACCAUGACCAACUACGAGGAGGCCGCCCUGGCCAUCGCCAGCCUCAACGGCUACCGCCUGGGCGACCGCGUGCUCCAGGUGUCCUUCAAGACCACCAAGCAGCACAAGGCCUGAGGGGCGGCCACGCUGGUGGCCACCGGCCGGGCGGGGGGGCUCCCGGUGCCGCCGUCAGGUUGUGGGACCCCCCUCCCCGUGGGCACCGUGGAGACCGUGGAGAAACCCAACUGGAGACCCCGAGGAUCUCUGGGGACCUUCAGGGAUCUUCCAUGGGCACCAUGGAGAAACCCAACUGGAGACCUUCAGGGUUCGGCCAUGAGCACCAUGGAGACCGUGGAGAAACCCAACUGGAGACCUUCAAGGAUCAGCCAUGAGCACCACGGAGACCGUGGAGAAACCCAACUGGAGACCUCGAGGAUCUUUGGGGACCUUCAGGGAUCUCCCAUGGGCACCACGGAGACCAUGGGAAAACUCAGCUGGAGACCUGGAGACCUUGGGGACCCCCCGUGAGCACCCAGGACACCCUGGAGACCACGGAGAAACCCAGCGGGAGGUCUCGGGGACCUCGGGCACCCCCUCCAUGGGCACCAAGGACACCCUGGGUCUUCAGGGUGGAGAAACCCACCCGGAGACCUCGGGAAUCUCCCCCCCGUGAGCACCAAGGACACCCCGGAGACCUCGGGGACCCCCUCGUGGCUCUGAGGACACCGAGGGGACACCUGAUGCACCCUCACCUGUCCCCAGGACUCCUCCAGGUGUUCCAGGACACUCGGGGGGGCCCUGGAAAGCCUGGAGACCCCCCAGGACACUGCGGACACACCUGGGACCCCCCCCAGGUACCCCAAAACCCACCACUCCGGCGGUGGCCGGACCACCUGGAGCGGUGCCCCCCCCUCACCUGAUCCAGGUGUGUCCAGGUGCCGAGUG